AUGGCCCCACGCGGCAGUGGCAAACGGGCCCGUGAGGUUAUUGAUCUGACGGGUGAUGAUGAAGAGCCGAACACGACUGCCAAGGCUCCACGAGUGACGGCCGACACGACCCGCCGCUAUCCAUUAUCCGCCUCGAGUGCCAACGUGGGAUCGUCACAGAGUUCCUUGCCCGGCCGCCCUAGCCAGUCUUUCUCUCGCGCUUCGCAGCCUACUUCCAGCUACACGACUGCCAGCUCAUCGGAUCGACGACUUCUGGCCUCUCAAGAUGAAGAGCCUGAUCUCAUAGACCUCACUCAAAGCGAGGAUGGUCCUCCGCUCGAACUUUAUGGCAACCUAGAUAAUAAGAUCGUCGGCUGUAGGUAUUACAGUGGCAUCGUCAGUCCAGGCGAGGUUGUCAUCGCACGACGAGAGCCUAGCAACCAGUACGAUAGCAAUGCUAUCCGUGUUGACAAUGUUCUUGGUGCGCAGGUCGGCCACCUGCCUCGCACCGUAGUUGAGAAGCUGGCCCCUUACCUUGAUCGUAACGAGAUCAUAGUGGAGGCAAUAAUCAUUGGAGAGAAGGGUUAUUUCGACUGCCCCGUUCGUUUAGAGCUCUAUGGGACGAGCGACGUGUUAGCCAGAGCAGCAUUGGAGCAGCGCCUCAAGAACGACAGGCUCCUGAAGGCAAACCAGAUGAAGCAGACGAGAAAGGAAAAUGAGCAGCGAAGAAAACCCUUGGGUCUCAAGAGCGGCGGCUCUGGUGUUGGACUUGGACCGAAAGCUUCUCCUUCUGCCCCUUCGCCCGGCUCUGCUUCUCCCGGCCCUGGAGUUUCAAUGCAGCAAUUGAUGCAGGCGAGUCAGGCAAUGACGUUCCGUGAUGGUGAAGACGCCAUCAAGACCCUCGCUAUGAACGAGGAACAACUUGUCAAGCUGCCUAAAGCCGAUCAACCUGAUAUAUUGAGAGCACAGCUCUUACCAUAUCAACUCCAGGGCCUUGCUUGGAUGAGAGCGAAAGAAGACCCUCAAUUCCCUGCUCCAGGUUCUGACGAGACAGUACAGCUCUGGAAGCGAAAGGAAAAUGGCCUCUAUGUCAAUACGGCGACAAAUUUUGCCGUACGGAAUGCCCCAGGUCUCCUGCGCGGCGGUAUUCUUGCCGACGACAUGGGCCUGGGUAAGACUCUGCAAACAAUCGCCCUAAUCUUGACAGGCGGUGGUGGACCGACUCUGAUAGUUGCUCCACUCACUGUCAUGAGCAACUGGGAGCAGCAAGCUCAGAGGCAUGUUCAAGAGUCUCACGCACCCAAUAUUCUCACCUAUCAUGGCUCAGGAAAGAAGUCAUCUGAAAAAGACUUGCAACAGUACGACAUUGUCAUAACGAGUUACGGUACCUUGACGAGCGACAAGACCAAUAAGGGCCCGCUCUUCUCUACGAAAUGGCGCCGCGUAGUUUUGGACGAGGGUCAUAUUAUUCGCAAUGCAGGAACCAAAGUCGCGCAGGCUGCAUGUCAUUUGGAGGCUGAGGCACGCUGGGUUUUGACGGGAACACCAAUCGUCAACAGCGUGAAGGAUCUAUACUCCAUUGUCAAAUUUCUGCGGAUUACCGGUGGAAUUGAGCAGACUGAGAUCUUCACCACCGUCAUCACAAGACCUCUGGGAUUGGGUAGCCGUAGAGCGGAAGCCAUCCUUCAGUCUCUGAUGCAGAACCUCUGUCUCCGACGUAAGAAAGACAUGAAGUUCGUCGACCUGAAGCUCCCACCCAAGACAGAGUAUGUACAUCGCAUCACCUUCCGAGCGGAUGAGAAGAAGAAAUAUGACGCACUUUUGAAAGAGGCGAAAGGCGUGCUUGAAGAGUACCAGAGGCGGUCCAACAAAGGCCAAAAGGGGAGAUUCCAGAACGUUCUCGAGAGACUCUUGCGUCUGCGUCAGACUUGCAACCACUGGACUCUCUGCCGGCAGAGGAUCGCUGACUUGUUGAAUCUCUUGGCGGACCAGGACGUAGUGGUACUCAACGACAAGAACCGAGAAAUUCUGCAACAGGCACUGCAACUCGUCAUAGAGAGUCAGGAAGAGUGCCCUGUGUGCAUUGACGAUUUGACGGCACCUGUGAUUACUCACUGCAAGCAUACCUUCUGCGGUGGUUGUAUCCGCAAGGUUAUCGAGACGCAAAGCAAAUGCCCAAUGUGUCGCACUCCAUUAGACGAAACCAAACUUGUUGAGCCACCGCUAGAAUCGUCUGGUCAAGAUGAAGAGCUGGAUACGGAGACACAGAGCUCGAAGACGGAGGCGUUGUUGAAAAUCGUUCAGGCCACAGUCAGAAACCCAGGCUCAAAGAUCAUUAUUUUCAGCCAGUGGACAUCGUUCUUGACGAUCAUCGAGCGCCAGAUCAAAGACGCUGGUUAUACAUAUACUCGUAUUGACGGAAGUAUGACGACUGCCUCGCGGGACGCUGCCAUACGGGCUUUAGACCACGAUGACAACACGCGCAUCAUGCUUGCCAGUCUGGCUGUUUGCAGUGUAGGCUUGAACCUUGUCGCCGCGGACACUGUCAUUCUUUCCGACAGCUGGUGGGCACCGGCUAUUGAAGACCAGGCCGUUGACCGUGUCCACCGUCUCGGCCAGACCCGGCCGACCACGGUGUGGAGAUUGAUCAUGGAGGACACGGUUGAGGAGCGAGUUCUUGACAUCCAAGCCGAGAAACGAAAGCUCGUCAGCAAGGCCUUCCAGGAGCAGGGCAAGGACAAAAAGUCUAAGGAGACGAGGAUGGCAGACAUUUCGAGACUGCUAUCCUGA